CAUGGCGGGUCGCGGGCGUCUACAUAUAUUCCGACCUGUCACGCUUCAUCCUUCAUCACAUCAAUUCUCCGACAUCCAAGUGAGCAGCACCACCCUUCCUUGCCCAUUCUCCUCUGCACAUACUUCCUUCCCGUGCACAUACUUCCAUCCCCCAACACCUCACACACAUAUCCUUCCCCUCCCUUCACUCUUCCAACCUCCCAUAUCCUUCACCAUGCAAUUCACACUCUCCUCCCUGGCGCUGCUCGCCACUGUCGGUCUCGUCACCGCAGCCCCUCAAUCCCCUCCAUCGAGUGCCUUUCCAGCUGGCGGUCCUCCCGGCGGUCCUCCCGGCGGUGCCGGCGGUGCCAGCGGCUGGGGUGCAACAACCAGCAGCACCUGCGCAACCUCUUACCCGACGUCUAUCAAUGUCCUCACCGACCCGGUGACUCUUACUUCCACGACAACCUGGUGGAAUACCUCGUACAUUACCACCUCGACCCCGAGUCCCGUCGUACAUACCGACUACAUCACCACAACCAGCACGUCAACCACGACGUGGUCCGUCCCCACCAGCAUCAAAGUGCCCUACACCACCUACCGCGUCAUCACCAUCCCAGUGCACACCUACAACAUGACCUCCUCCUACAUCACCUCCAGCAGCGAGCUCUACCCCACCAGCGUGCUGACCGAGUACUGCACCAACACGACCAUGAUCGUCGACGUCCUGACGACCAGCACCCCCGUCUACGACCCCUACUACAUCACCAGCUCCACCAUGUCCACGGAGACGGUGACGGCCACCAGCACCAGCUGUGCUACGUGGACUGUGGACCCCAGCUGGCCUACGCAGACUGGUUGGUAAAAGGGGCUGUAUGUAAGGCAUUGAAGACUUCGAUGCUGAUGAUUGAUGCGUUGACGCGAGGGGAGCACAUGGAGCAAUGAUGCUUACGCUUGAUCUUUGUUGGCACGGCUGGAGGAAUGCACAGACGAUUUUUGCGCGACGGUUGAUGUUUUUUUCCGUACUUUACUAGAGAUAAUAUGGGUAACGUGGUGUGAAAUGUGAGAAACCAUU